GUACCACCCGAUCAUAUGCACUGUUCUUCAACUCUCCAACCAUUUUAUCCGAAACUAUACAACACACAUACCCUAUUAUUUCCUCUCGGGAAAACUCUGAUCAAUAUGAAGGGCAAAGGAAAAGAAACCGAAACAUUUGCCUCUAUCGACCCACAGACAUACCGUCUAUCCGAUCUUCAGAUCCCUACAGAGUGGUAUCGUGACUCGUCGGAUGAUAUGUACUCAUCUAAUAAGCUUUCCCAUCGAGUCUCGCCGCCGGACGACCUGCUCCGCCGCUUGGAUAGUCCCCAAGACUUCUCUGUCAAGACUCUAUGUGCCGCAAUUCUCAACAAAUGUAGUGUUGACGCAAUGAAGUGGUAUCUAUCAUUGAAUCCGACCCGCACUCGAAAGAAACUUGCGAUCGACGGAUGGCUAUCACUGUAUUAUGCAGCACAGCGAAAUUCUAGUCAACUCGUAUCUAUCUUACUACAAAACGGGGUGGAUGUUCCCGAUAUCGACACUGGUUUGGACAUCCCCCUUAUUGCCUUUGUCGUUAUCUACGGAUAUGUAGAGGCGGUGGACUCUAGCCAAGUCUUGAAAGUGUUGCUAUCAAGUGGCGUCGACCCGAUGAUCAUCCCCAUGGACAUGUGGCAAAACUACCUCGAAACUCCUCAGGAGACUGCGAACACUGCAAACCCUUUACCUGAAGUUGCUCUGGAACGAAGCGCGUGGUGCACAUCCAAGCUGCGAUCUCUUCUUACCAACGCGCUUCACUUGACCCAUCGUUAUCUCCUUCGACUCGCCUCAGAACUCGCACCACUCAGGCCUCGGAUGCUGCACAUUGCGACGGCCAAUAGCAUGCUAGAACUGACCAAGCUUCCUUAUUAUCUUGUCGGACAGCGCCCCGCUGCGGACAUUGUAAUGAAGCGAGCAUAUUCACAUGUUUCGCUGAAUAGCAAGAUGCCAUUGGUCAUGGCUUUUGCAGGGGCGAGCGGACAUGGCAAGACAGAGCUCGCCACUGCCAUGGGUGAUUUACUUUCCGUUAAACUCUGUACAAUUGAUUGCACCAAGCUUCGCGAUGUCUGGGCUCUUUUCGGUUCCACUGCCGGUUGGAACAGAAAUGCAGAUGGAUCGAAGUUGAAUAACUUCCUCGCUGCUAAUGCCAGUCGUCGCUCGGUAGUUUUUAUGGAUGAAUUUGACAAAACGGAGAAGUCUGUUCGCGAUGCCCUUCUCCUGAUCACGCAGAAUGGCGCCUAUGAGGACCGACGCACCAACACGGCGAUUGAUUGCACGCAAACUAUUUGGAUCCUCGCUACCAAUCAUGGAGACGACCUCAUCAAUGAGUACUACUCGAAAAACAUCGAGAAGCUUAGUGAAAAGCAGAGAAACAACGUUGAUCUUAAGACACUUCAAGCAGGUCUAAAACAUGAAUACCGCAAUAAAUUCGGGGCACCAUUUUCCGGGCGGGUGAGCUGUGUAGUCCCAUUUUUUCCUUUCUCCAAGUCAGAAUGUGCGGUCAUAGCACACCGGUUCUUGUUGAAUUUUGGAUCGCAGAUCCGAAAACCUAUCGAUAUGAAUCCUGAUUCUAUACGGCUUAUUGGACACUGCCGGCUCUCGCUUGAAGAAGACGGGAAGGUUUGCACAGAACUGUCUAAUGCGUUCUACAACAAGGACCUCGGAGCGCGCAGUCUACAAAACGCAGUGGACUCUGUGAGCACGGACCUUUCCGUUGAAUACAGCAACUCUGAUGUUCUCAUCGAGGAAGAAGUCAACAAGGGGCCGCUACAGGGCUUUACUGUCAGACGAAUUCCGGUCGGAGCGGGUGCACAUGUGGUUGGAGUCUCAGUAGAUAAGGAAGAAUUUCGACUGGGGAACAGUGAGGAUGAGAUGGACGAGGUGGAUGUGGAGAAUGAAUCAUUGGAGGAGGGAUACACCAGCGACGACAAAGGCACCGACAAAGUAUGGCCGAAUAGUAGGCUCAAAAAGAAAGGUCGCCCACCCGGUUCGACUGCUGGAUGCUUGCAAGAGCGCAAUUAGGAUCGAUAGAUUGCCUGCGUGCUCACAUGGUGUACUGAUCAAGUUUAAUUCUUGGUAUAAUUUGGUGUAGGCGACUGUGGAAAUAGCCGUCAUUUUGUAAUCUCUUAAUGAGCAUUGUCUUCGGAGAUUCAUAGCCUACAUGAUUUCUAAUUAUAGUGAUACAUCUAAUCAGUCCCAUACCACUGGACCCUGCUCUUCAGGAAUUGCCGUUACUUGCUCAAGCCCCGCGUAUCUCCACCUCGACAUAUAUGCCUCAAAUGCACCCUCCCCGUACUUCCCAUUGCUCGUCGCAUACACCCCAACAACAACACCGGAAUAGUACGGUAUAAGACGAUUUCCUGUAGUAUAUCCCACCACAGUCAUAUCAACAUCCGCAUCCUCAUCACUACCCACCGACCCCGCCGAGAAAGCAUAAUGCGUCGUAUUAAGAGCCUCGAUCUGCAGCCGAAUCUUCUCUGCAUUAUUCAUGGCGCUUGAUAAGGGUGUAGCUUCAUCCAAAUACUUGAAGCGCUCUGGUAGUCGAUAAGUCGAUAAGCGGGUAACAUCACGAUACCCAAAUCGAAAUGCUGUGCUUGAUCUUGCAACGCCGACACUCCGACUUCGUUUUCAAGGCGCGUCAGACCGCUCCAUGCGACAUCGACGCUGUAUCUGAAACGCGAAUGAGCUUGUUUGCGGGCGAGGAAUGUCUGUCCGCGGCCUCGCGUUGAGUCGGCGUCGUAGGCAGUCAAAUUGAGGACUGAAGAUCGCAACAUGAGAGAAUUGGUUCUAUCAAAGUUGCCAUCGCCUGCAGGCGAGAUUGCGUAGUUUUUGCUGACAGGAAGACGCCAGUGGAAUAGAUGUGGUGGGAGUGAGCUACCGGGUUCGAAAUCGAUACUGUCGUCGCCGCUUGGAGAAUAGCCUUCUCCUUGUAUUGGGAGAGUAUGCAGACCCGAAGGUUGGGGAAGGGUGAAGGUUCCACUCAUUGUGCCAGAUACAUUCUGAAACUUGGGAAACUCGUCCGAUGGCCAGUUGACUGGUGUGAGCACGCCCUCCCGUCCCAUUGGAAAUAUUGAAUUGUAGGGGUCGAAAUUGUAGCUGUAAGCGGCGCGGACCGCUAAAGCAAUGGCCCAGAAGUUACCUUGAGAAUCGGGAAAGAUGUCGGCAUGGCCUACGGCCUGGAAGUACGAUUGGCUAAGGUAACCGCUCAGCAGUGGGUUCUCUGGUGCGCCUUCGAAUGGUCCAUAGAGCUCCCGCGAUCGAGCCAUGUUGGCUCGGUGACGCUCUCGUGUACCGCCUUCCGCUGUAAGCAAAUAAUACCAUCCGUCCUUCUUGUACAUAUGCGGCGCCUCGGGAGACGGGAGACCUGUGCCAUUCCAGAUCGGUACCAGCGGCCCUGUUAUCUCACCAGUUUCGAGAUCAAUAGGAGCUUGUAGGAUACUUUUGCCAUCAAUUGAACCCUGGAUGUGAACUUGGCCAUCAUCAUCCCAGAAGGGAGACGGAUCAAUGCCAGGAAAGUCGAAUUGCACCGGGUCAGACCACGAGAUCGAGGAGUAAGGAUCGGUAGAUGUCAAAAUAAAAUUGUCCCAUUUUGUGUAGUUGGUAGGAUAUAGCGCCUGAUUUGCAAGUGUUGUCAAGAUGUAAAAGGUCCCAUCUCGGUAUCUCAAUGUUGGCGCAUAGAUGCCGCUUGUUGCUCCGCGGGGUAGGAAAGCAAGCGCGGGUAGUUGCUCUGGCCGACUCAACGCGUUGGAGAUAUGUUUCCAAUUAACCAAAUCCCGGCUUGCUACGAUAGGAAGUCCAGGAAAUGUAAGGAAGCUCGAGAAAGUACAAAAGAAUGUGUUGUUCAAUUCUGCGACGAAGGUGCAGGUGGGAUCCGGAUGAAAACCAGGAAGUAUGGGAUUCGUAAAGAUAGAAACGUUUUGCGCUGCGCUCCGUGAUAUUGAAACCGCAACAGAGAGCGCAUAUAAUAUAGUUGACUUCAUCUUGACUGUCUUCCCGAGCAUCCGUGU